AUGAGUAAAUCUCCCUCUCCCUCAUUGACUACGUGGCAGGAAAGUGCGGACGGUUGGUUGAAGCUGAUACCGCCGAAAGAGCCUCCGUCGACAAACUACCAAGAAUCUGAUUCCAUCCCGCUCCACACAAUUAGGCCGCCAAGUCUCCUCGACGAGGUCGGGCCGACUGAAGUCUAUGGACAAAGGUCAGACGACCAAAUGUUUUACCGCUUCGAGACCAGGAUCGGAGCAGGUCCGAACCCUGAUCAAGAGUUUAACGUCGAAGAAUAUGAAGAUGUCGUGACCGCCGCAGAAGGAACACUUGCUGAACAGCUAUCACGAGAUCCAGAUAUCAAGGAAACCUUGAAAGCCACGUUGACAUCACUAAAUUUUGAGAUUACAACUUAUAUAGUCACAGGCUUCCCACAGGAUGGAGAGCUUUUGGAUGGAAUUGCUCUCAGCAUGCGAGGCGAUGUUCGAAGCACUCAUUUACAAAGAAUACUCAUCCGCGCCUUGGAGCCAAGGGUGAACACACUUAGUGAAACUCACAAGUCAAUGCUUGUCAAAAUGGGGAUGCAAGUGGACACUAUGAAAGCUCUGACGAUGAGAUCAGACAAGGGGAAGGGACGAGCUUGA